AUGCCGUCACGAGGAAUGCCUUUUUGGCACUCUUCAGUCCUUUUGAUCGCUUCCACAUGCAUUCUAUCCUCGACAACUUCCGCGCAGUCGGAAAAUCUGACGGAUAUUCUGAUCGAUACGAGAAUUGUUCCUGCUGGAUUGGAGGAUGCCGUCGCUCAGGCCAUCUAUGSGGCUGCGAAUACCACUUCUCUGGGAAUCCGAGAGGCUUUGGCACAGGAUGGGAUUGAAGAAUUGAAGAGGACGAAUCCCGAAGCGUACUAUUCGGGACGAUCGCCGGCUGUUUAUCCUUCUCCUGUGAAUGCGGGAGUGGGAGAAUGGGAGGAUGCUUACAAUAAAGCGAGAGCGAUGGUCAUGCAGAUGACGGAUGAGGAGAAGAAUAAUAUCACAAUUCCAGGCCCUUCUCCAAGAGGUUGUGGUGGAUUCACUGGGACGGUGGAAAGAUUGGGAUUUCCUGGAAUCUGUCUGAAUGAUGGCCCCGCAGGCGUCCGAAUUGGCGUUACGGAUAACAACACUCUUUCUUCUGGAUUUCCUGCUCAACUCAGCGUUGGAGCGAGCUGGAAUCGCGGGAUCUCUUAUGCCAGAUCUGUAGAGAUGGGCAAGGAAUUCAAAGCCAAGGGCGUGGAUGUUGCUUUGACUCCUGUUAUUGGGCCCAUUGGACGUGUUACAAAAGGUGGAAGGAACUGGGAAGGAUUCGGUAGCGAUCCUUAUCUUGCCGGUGCCUUGGUUGGUCCUGCGAUUCAAGGAAUCCAAGAGUCCGUUGUGGCUUGUGCGAAGCAUUUUAUUGGUAACGAGCAGGACACCCAACGUCAACCCUUUGCUCAAAACUUCAUCAGUAGUAACGACAGCUUCACACUCAAUGGAUCCGUCUCGGCAAACAUUGACGAUAAGACCAUGCACGAGUUAUACCUCUGGCCAUUCUAUGAUGCCGUCUACGCCGGUGUUGGAAGUGUCAUGUGCAGUUACAACCGGGUGAAUAACAGCUAUGGUUGUCAAAACAGCGCCACGAUCAAUGGCUUGCUCAAGACUGAGUUGGGAUUUCCCGGAUUCGUUGUUAGCGAUUGGUUUGCUCAACACACGGGAAUCGCCUCCGCCAACGCCGGUCUUGAUGUGGCCAUGCCUCUUGAUAUUUACUGGGGAAAUGGAACUCUUGCAAUGGCCGUUCAAAACGGUUCGAUGGAAUCCUCCAGACUGGAUGACAUGGCGACGAGAAUCCUUGCUGCCUGGUACAGGUACUCUACAGUGGAAAGUCCUGGUGUUGAUAAUCAUCUCGACGUGGAUGGAAUCUCUCCCGGCUCGGCAGCAAUCGCCUUUCAAAGUGCCGUCGAAGGACACGUGCUUGUGAAGAACACGAAGCAUGCCCUGCCUUUGGAUAAGCCCAAGGUUCUGUCAGUCUUCGGAUGGAAUGCACCGAUGGGAAUGUCCAACGACACCAAUGGCCAGACGUACGCUGGAGGGGGCCAGGUUGCUUUGACUUAUACAAACGGGGUGAACUUCACCGCCGUCGAUUACCUUCAACUUAUCGGCUCGAUCAACCCUGCAGGUACCUCAUUCCCCGAGGUGGCUUUCAACGGGACCAUGCUUUCUGGAGGAGGUAGUGGAGCAACUCUGCCCGCCCAUAUUGCCGAUCCUUUCACUUCCAUCUCCCGACAAGCGAACGCUGAUGGGACUGAGCUGCAUGCCGACUUUACUGCCACAAUGAGUCCUGUUGUGGGGUACGAUAGUGAUGCUUGUUUGGUACUGCUCAAUGCCUUUUCCGCGGAAGGAGCAGAUCGUGCCACGCUGGCUGAUGAGUACUCGGAUGCGUAUAUCAAUGCGAUUGCGGACCAGUGCUCCAACACGAUCGUCGUCAUCCACAACGCCGGCACUCGGUUGGUGGAUCGCUUCAUUGAUCAUGAGAAUGUCACUGCAAUGAUGUUUGCACACACUCCGGGACAAGCCAGUGGAKAUGCUCUGGUUGAGGUGCUCUACGGAAUUCAAUCUCCUUCGGGAAGACUGCCGUAUACUGUGGCGCACAGGGAGGAAGAUUAUGGGGAUCUCCUCAAUCCCACCCUUCCAAGUGAUGAAGAUCCACAGUACGCCCAGUCGGACUUUGACGAGGGUGUCUUUAUCGAUUACAAGCGCUUCAUCAAGGAGAACAUCACCCCGAGAUUUGCGUUUGGUUAUGGCUUGACGUAUUCGGACUUUGGGUACUCUGGAUUUGAGGUGGAGAAGAUUGCGGAUGCAAACUGUGAUUCYCUUCCUCCGGAUGCUAAUCUGGCUACGCCUACUCCUCCCGGUGGUCUGGCUUCUCUGUAUGAUGUUCUAGCUCGAGCACGUGUACAAGUGACGAAUACUGGGAGUGUUGCUGCGGCAGAGGUAGCACAGUUCUACGUCAACAUCCCGGGUAGUGGAGUUGAGAGGGUAUUGAGAGGGUUCGAGAAGAAAUUGUUGCAGCCGGGCGAGAGUGCGGAGUAUACGUUUGAUCUGCGGAGGAGGGACUUGAGCUCUUGGGAUGUGGAGCGUCAGCAUUGGGUCCUGCCGCGGGGAAGCUUUGAAAUGGUGGUUGGGAAGAGUGUGCUGGAUAUUCAGGGUACUGCGAUGAUGGAGAUGUAG